GCCUCCAACACCCAGCAGCCAUGGCUUACCAGUCAAGACAGCCCUGCAUGCCUCCUCCUAUCUAUCAAGAAGCCUGUGCAUCGCCGUGCAUCCCCCAAUCGAAUGACCCCAGUCCAUGCUCUGGAGGGACUCCAGACUUGUCUUACCAGUGCACCCAACCUUCCGUUCCUCCACCCUGCUGCCCUCAAUCGAGCCCCACAGAAAUCCUGGAUGCAAGCACAUCGCCAUGCAUCUCCUUCCAUACCAUCACCGAUGGAGAAUCAUGCGACACUCCACUUACGGAGGUGUCUUCCCCCACACCGUGUGAGUCAGCCACAACUCAACCACAACCAACCGUUCCCCAACCAAGUCCGGCCGAAAUUAGGGAGACACCCAUUUCGCCUUGUGUGAGCGUAUAUGCCACUGAACCCUUGGAGGAACCUGAAGCCCCACAACCAGAACCGACGCGGAACUACGUGAUGCCAGGCUCCAUCAUCGUCUUGGAUCCAUCUGGUACCAUCACAGUGAAGCCAGGUCCAGAUGAUGAAGAGGAAUGUCCAGAACCGAGAGAGUCUGUCUUUUUGGCACCCUACACGCCUCACUUCUUAUAAAAGAAACACUCAGGGUGCAUCUACACUCGAGAAUUAAUGCAGCUAGACACUGCUUUAACUGCCAUGGAUCAAUGCUAUGGGAUCCUGGGAAAUGUAGUGUGGUGCAUCUACACAGUAGAAUUACUGCAGGUUGAGACCUCUUGAACCGACAUGGCUAUGGAAUCCUGAGAGUAAUAGUUUUACAAGACCUGCCUCCCAUAGCAUUCAGCCACAACAUUUAAAGUGGUGUCAAAAAUGGGUUAAUUCUAUAGUGGAGAUGCACCCUUAGGGCCCGUAUAUCUCAGGUUUUCUGUUUAUCCCAAAUUAUCUGGCAGUGGGGAGCCAUAUAAUCCAGUUUAAAGCAGAAAACCUGGGAUCAGAUCCUGGGAUAAAGGGCCUGUCUGGAAGUCUUAUAGCAUGCUUGAUUCCUGUGUUAAUUGGUCCUAACCGAGAGAUGGAAGAAAUAUUUGAAAAUAUAUUUAAAAAAAUAAAAACAAAAAAUAGAGAUAAAGAAAUUCACAAAAAGAACCCUGGACUAAGAAGACCUUUCCCAG